AUGUGUAAGAAAACGUAUCUUAUGGAAAGUGGAUGGGAAAUUAUCCGACGACUUGGGAAAUAUUUUGACAAAAAACCCCCUCCAUCAGACUGUCACUAUGAAAGAGUUACUUUGAACGAAAAAUUCGCUUUCACUCGUCCUCUUACUGUUACUGGCGCUUAUCUGCAAAACGGUGUCGUCGCAUACCAUCAAAUGACUGUCGACAGAGUAGACAACAAUGAAUACGUUCUACAAAAUACUGAUCAUUCAUCAAAUGAACCUCCUCUCAUUCGAAUCCCUUUGAAUAAUCCAUACUUUGCCUCUGACGACGAGCUCCAAAGCUUUGGAUUGUUUUAUGAAGAUGCAAAUAUUCGAUGCGGCUUCGGUCGUAAAUAUGAGUCGCCUUGCUUCUUACGACUUUCUGACUAA